AAGAAAAGACCUGGUGAAGUUUUAACGUGACAAACAAUCGCAAGCUUGCAGCAGACUCCACUGCCCUUUUCGGUAAAGUUUCAUUCAUUCCUUCUACCUGUUUUGUUUACUAUGUGUUUUUUGGUGUGUCUAUUAUGUUAAAAUGACUAUCUGCUCUGUUCACUUCAGCCACAAUCAUGCUUCUUGCCCAGGCUGUAUGCGUGUGUCUGCUCCUACUGGCUGAGCUCCCGGCCUCCCUGCAUAGGUGCGUGUUUGAUGAGGUCCAGGCUCGGGUCCGAGUUAUCCGAGCCGUACCGAGCCCCCCAAACGGCCCGCAUGGCCACACCAGAACCCUGCAAACUGCAACAGCACAGGCAGUCCCGCCUGCUUUUACCUCACCGCAGCCAAUCAGGAUUCAGAGCUGGCUUUCCAGGGACAGCGAGCAGCUAUCAGAGCCUGAGAAAGACCAAAUGAUGGCGACAGUCAAGGAGGCUGUGAAGAUUGUGUCUUCUUUGUUGUCAGUGCAGCGAACAUCCAGUCCAUUGCUGCUUAGGAGGGACAUCAACAAAUACUGCAAGUUUCUGUGGAAGAAUUCAAGCACCAUUAACUACAACAAGUGUGGCAGGGCCAACAGCAAUUACAGGACCGAGACGUGUCUGGAUGUGAUGAUCCCAGAUGAGCACCUAGCAGGAUGUGAAGUACUCCCAGAGCCUGAUUCCACUCGCCGUAUCAUUCUCAGACCACACGGUACUGGACUACCCCAUGUGGACUUCCUGCUUUACCUCCACGUCCAAGCCGCUGACAAGUGUAGAGCGGAGCCUAGCCUGUUGGCCUACGCUGCCCACUGCCAGAUGGACACUGAAGGGCGACCUUUGGCUGGCGUGGUGGUCAUCUGCAGGGAUAGGCUGACCAGGCUGACUGUGCCGGUGCAAAAAGCUCACAAAAGUGUUCCCUGUACUGUUCUCCAUGAGCUGUUUCAUGCCUUAGGCUUCUCCAAGGAUCUCUUCCACGCAUGGACAGACUGUUCCUUCCAGCAAGUGACUCACAGUGAUGGAUCGGGCCAGAUUAGGAUCUACACCCCUUCUGUUAUCUUAGCCCUGCAGAAGCACCUGGCAGCUGUUGAUCCCGAACUGGGGGGUCCACUUGAGAACUUAGAUGUACCUCUAGGCGCCGUAUCCUCUCACUGGGAGGCCCGAGUACUGCAGGGGUCCAUCAUGUUGGCGGUGCUGGACCCUUCCAGUGCAGUGCACAUUGACCCAGUCACCUUGGCUGCUUUUCAGGACACCGGCUGGUACACGGUCAACAUGAGCAAGGCCCAGAGUCUGGUUUGGGGGAAGGGUGAAGGUGCCAUGUUUGGUUACACAUCAACCUGUCAUGACAACAGCUCAUCCUUCUUCUGCACUGGCAGUGGACUUGGCUGCCAUUAUUUGCAUCUCCACAAAGGGAAGUGCCAGACUGAUCCUCUCAUGGACGGAUGUCGCAUCUACAAAGCUCUCAGGAAUGGAAGUGAAUGCUGGAUCAAAGAAAACGAGAGGAAGUCACCUGAAGAGAUCUUUGGCUUGGAUAGUCGCUGUUUCUUCUCAAGCUUGACCUCACUUAACCAGAGUCAGCUCCUUGUGACGGGACGCUGUUACAGACACAGGUGCACCGGUGUAAACGGCUACCAGAUCAAGGUUCUGGACACGGAUUGGCUAGACUGUCCAGCAGGCAGCAGCAUUCAGAUAAGGGGCUACCAGGGUUCGGUUUUCUGCCCUGACAAGAGGUUGUGUCUGUAUUCCGAUGUUGCUCCACCCAAUCAGCCUGAGAACAUUUCAGUUUUCAUCACAAGGGGUCAGAACAGUGAUCUGGAUCAGGAUGCUGCCUGGUCAGCCCACAGACCCGUUGCAGUGGCAAUACUCUGCUGCCUCACAGCUGCAGUGUCUCUACUGGUGGUCCUCAGGGUGGCAUACAGAUGUUCCUCCCGCUGUGCAGUCAGGAUCCAUGCAGCCUCAGGUGAUGUUUAG